AUGUCGACCUCGUCAGACCGCGACACUAAGAAACCGUCGCUCCCCAAAUUCGAGCCACUCCCGCCCACCAAUUUCCUCAAUCGACUGAUCAACCGCAUCCUCGCUCCGCUGUUCUACCUCGUCUUCACCCUGGUGACCAGCAUCAUCAUUGUCCCGGUCUAUGUCAUGAUCGACAGCUUCAGGCACGGCCGCAACAGGUCUGGCGGCGAGCGUGUCUCGAGGGACGAGUCCGGCCGGUACCCAGGCCAGCCGGACAGGACCAAUAAAGUCUCCAGCUUCCUGCGCGAGUAUGGACGGAGUUAUGGUGGGACGAGGAAGUCUGAGAGGGUGGAACAGUGA